UAUUGCGUACAAAUGUAUCCCUCAGCUGUUCUAAAAAACGGUUGGAGUUAAUAAAAAACAACAUUACACAUACAUACCAGCACAUCUCUUAUCAAUUAAUAUACAAUUUAUAAUUAACAGCUCGGUACAGAGAUGAGAGUUUUGCUCCUCGCCUGUCUCAUUCCCAAAACUGGAAACUAUACUACUGCUGAAAGGAUCAGGGAUCAUAUAGAAGAUGCAGGCCAUGUGUGUAUAUUACGCGAUUCAAGAGAUUUCAACUCAGCUUCUGAAGUAGCACUGCUGAACCAGAAGGAACCGUUCAACGCCGCACUGGCCAUCCAUCUGUUUAAAGGAGGUCGACUGCUGUUAGAUGUUGGAGUGCCCUUCGGGGUGGUGUUCGGGGGGACGGACAUCAACAAGGAUGUGAAGGACGAGCACAAGCGGAGCAUGAUGAAAGAUGUUCUACAGAGAGCCAGAUUUGCAGUAGCUUUUACUAAGGAAAUGAAACAGAAAGCUGAAUCUUACUUGAAGUGUGAUAGCAAUAAGAUCUCCAUUCAAGCUCAAGGAAUUGAGACCAGAAUCAGCUCUGACUUCAGCUGGAGGGAUUUCUUGCACAGCUCAGGUGUAGAAGUGGAUCAAGUGGACGACCUGCAUGUCUUCCUGUUGGUGUGUGGACUCAGAAGAGUGAAAGACCCUCUCUAUCUGCUUAACGCUUUUUCAGAAUGGCAUUCCCAGAACCCUCUGGUGAUCUUCAUUAUCAUCGGCCCAAAGGUUGACCCUGCGUUCAGUACAGAGGUUGAAGAGUGUGUAAAAAGAACUGAUGGUGUGUAUUUAGCAGCAGAGAGGAAUCAGGAGGAACUGCAUGCUGUGAUGAAGAAAUCUUUCGCCCUGGUCAACUCCUCGAUUUCUGAAGGAAUGUCGGCUGCCAUCCUAGAGGCUAUGAAUUUGGGAGUACCUGUGUUGGCGAGGGAUAUACCUGGUAAUGCCGCCAUCAUCCAGCAUGAACACAAUGGCCUGCUGUUCUCUUCCCCUGAGGAGUUUGUGCUUUUGUCUAAACGAUUGCUGAGUGACCAAGAACUGCAGGAGAAUCUGAGAGUUAGCGGUAAAUGCUACGUUAUGGAGAAACACAACGCGGCUCAGGAACGAUCGAUGUACCACAAGCUAAUAGAAACGCUGUGCUAAUGCACAGCUUCAAUUUCAGCUUCUUAUAUUUAUUUACAUUUUAACAAAACCUCAAUUCACAAAGUACUGGUUUAUGUUUUUAACUCUGAGGUGUUUUAUACAGAUGCUUAUUUAACUAUAGAUUAAAAGCUUAGCCAGAGCACAAGAACAUAUGCAUAUGUAAAUACAGAUCAAGUCUGAGCUGUUUGAACUUUUGGAUAGAUCGUUUGUACUCAUCUGCCGUCUCCUGGUGGUUGUUUGGAGAGAUUAAAAAGGGCAUUCUCUGUAUUCCCUCACUGUAGGGCUAAAUGUAUGUGGACAUAUUUGGAGAGAUUAGAACAGUUAUUUUCUGAGCACACUUUAGUUCUAAAAGUGUGUGGAUGCUCGGAGUCCCUCCACACUGAACACAUUAAGCCAUCUCAUAAUGAACCUUGCUUUGUGCACUUGGGCAGUGUCAUGCCAGAACAGAAAAGGACAUUCCCUAAACAGUUGCCUCAAAAUUAAAAAGAUAGAAUGUAUUUUAUCUCAUUAAUUUAAUACAUCUUUUAGCAACUUGUGGAAUUAAUCAUUAGGAUGUGUGUCCACAUACUUUCAGCCGUAACUGUAUUUAUUAUAACAGGUCAUCUGAUCUGCUGCAUUAUUACAUUUCACCUCAAUACUGUUUACAUUCAUUUAUUCAAAUAAAAAAUAUCUAAAGAACUUUAAAGGGAAUUUAUAGGACUAAAGGAAACUUAUGCUGAAUGUUUUCGAGUAAUGAUGCUUGUGAAAUAUGUUUACAUACUGUGAGUUAUAUAUUAGUAUGUGGAUAUUACAUUCUAUGUCCAUAUUACUUUUUAACCUUUGAGUGUACUUUGAAAAACAGUUAAAAAUAAAAGAUUUUGAAUAAA